AUGGCAGGAAAUAUAAAGAACUUGAAUAAAAAUAGUCUCGCAAAAAGAGAAUUUUUUUCUUAUUGGAACCCUUUAAGCUUCCCAACAGUUAAUAUCGAAACGGUUAAAAAAUGGACCAUCCAACAACUUGCGCAAUAUUUACAAGUCAUGUUCAACGUAGAAGGAUUUUGUCAUCAAAAUUUAUUCAAUAAAGAUUUAAUACGUAAAUUUCGAGAACAAAAAAUUGACGGGGAAAAUUUUUUGAAAAUGACAAGAUACGAUUUUUAUAAGAUGAAACUCUCGGGAUUAUUGGUUUUACAUUUAGAAGCUGAAAUUAUACGUAUACACGGUUCUUAUAAAGAUGAUAUAUAUUGUGAACCUGAAGUUUUACCUAACAUUAUUUGUUUUGAAGGAAAAAGAUUUUGUUUAUUAAAUCAAGUCAAUUUAAUCAAUAAUAAGAACUCAUUUCAACAACUUAUUACAAGAAAACUCGAUAAAGUUCCUUCGAUAUAUGAUUUAAAAAGAUUCCUUUCUACUCCAUUAUCAAUGAGGAUUCCGGUUCCAUCAUGCCGUCACGAGAAUGAUCCCCGAAUAUAUUCAUACAUUAUACCUCAAAAUCAAUGUUUGGAUGAUAAUGGGAAUGUCAUCUCAAUUUCUUCAAUUACAUUGCCAUUUAUCAAUGCUUUGCUAUAUCCAAGUUAUUUCAAUUCGUUCUGUCAAGAAAGUGAUCUGAAUGGUUAUAUUCAUAUAGUUGAUAUGUUGAUUCAAGGAACUUUCAAUUGUUUACAAACAGAAAGGUCUCAAUGGUUAUUCAUGGCAAGAAAUUUUAUUAAAUCAAAAGAGGAUUUAUCAAGACCAAAUUGGAUGUGCUGGGUUAACAAGCAUCUCUUAAUUCAUGGAGAGGAAUUACCAGAGAACAUCGAAUGGGAAGUUGGAAUACAACGUAUAUUUGAUAAAAUUCAUUGGAAAGAUAUUUACUACUCACAAUUACCUUUUAAAUUCAUUUACAUUUCGAGAGGUUCGAAAUUAAGAUGGUACGCGUUCGACCCUUUAAGAAACAAAAUCUCGCAAGUUACUCAAGAUUUUAACAUGGAUAAAACUUUGGAUCGAUUGAAAAUCAUUCGUACCGUGAUCAACAUUUACAGCGUGCUCGUUUCGAUUAAAAGAAAUUGGUCAAAAUAUAUGAUUGACAAACCUACUUAUCCCUUAUAUCUCUCAUAUAAUCGUGACGGUAACACGACGAUAGAAUUUAUGGGUAACUUUGUAAGAAAGUCCUUAUUAACACAAAGGAUUCAAAGGUUUAAUUUUGAUAAAUUAAGAGAACUUUAUUCAGGAACGUCUCAUAUUAAAAAUCUAGUUCAUUGUGUGGAUUUAGAAGGUAAACUCUCCCAUCCAAUUUUAACUAGGGAUGGAAUUUGUUUGAUUUUUCUACAUCCUGUGGGACAUUAUCAUUACCCAAGGAGUGAAAUAGAGAUCAAAUCAGCGAUUAAAACGAUCUUACAAGUUCUCGGAGACAUGCAUCAAGCAAAUUGGACACAUAGGGAUAUAUAUUGGGGGAAUAUUUUAAGGCAGGAUAAUGGGGAGUGGUUGGUAAUCGAUCUGGAAUUAGGUGGACCGGUUAAUGAAAUAUUACAAAUUACCCUUUGGAAUCGUUGGCCCGAAGAAGCUGUAACCGGUAAACCAUACCUCGCGUGUUAUGAUAUUUACCAAGUUGGGAGACUUCUUGAUGAUUUGAAAGAUUCAACGCAAUGGUAUUACUAUUCAGAUCAAUUUAUUCACUUUAAAAGAUUUUUGCUUGAUGCCGCAAAGAAAAACUUCACCGCAAAAAUGGCAUUACAGCAUGAAUGGUUAACUGGAUAG